GAGAUGGCCGCUGGGAAGAGCAGAGCAAGCAGCUUAAGGUUGCUAAGUCAGAGCCGCGAUGUUCCGGAUUGAGGGCCUCGUGCCGAAGCUGGACCCAGAGGAGAUGAAACAGAAGAUGUGCGAGGAUGUGAUCUCUUCCAUACGGAACUUUCUCAUCUACAUGGCCCUGCUGCGAGUCACUCCAUUUAUCUUAAAGAAAUUGGACAGCGUAUGAAGAUGGGAGAUCACAUAUGAAUGCAUGAUAUGAAGAGCCUGGUUACAGUUUCUGCUCUUCUCUGCAAGUGAAUAGGCCCAGAAAGGUGUAAGAGACUCUCUGAAUGGACAUAAAAUUUUUGCUUGUUAAGAACAAGUUCGGGUCUGGUAACUGACCUUCAAAGCUAAAAUAUAAAACUAUUUGGGAAG